CUAGCAGUCACCAGUGUUUCCAGUCUCUUCAGCAUCAGGAGGAUGGAAGAAAGAACAACAUUGGCUUCACAUAGGAUGGAAAUCUCGUUGGUCCUGCUACUCCUGAGCCAACUAAUAUUGUUCACCUAUGGCCAUCCCAUCCUACAAGCGCCAGAGAGUGUGAUAGGGACCUGGAAAAGGGAUGUGACACUUCAUUGCAACUAUGUUCCCCUGAGAGGCUACAGUCAAGUUUUGGUAAAAUGGCUGGUACAGCGUGGCUCUGACCCAGUCACCAUCUUCCUACGGGACUCCUCGGGAGACCAUAUCCAGCAGGCAAAAUACAUAGGCCGCCUAAAAGUGAGCCACAACAUUCCAGGGGAUGUGUCUCUCCAACUGAAUGUCCUACAGAUGGAUGACAGGAGUCACUACACAUGUGAGGUUACCUGGCAGACCCCUGAUGGAAAUCAAGUGAUGAGGGAUAAGAUUAUUGAGCUCCGUGUCCAGAAAUACUCCUCCAAUCCACGUAUAAUUAAUACUGAACCUCUUACAACCAUUCAAUCCUCUUUGGAAGCAGCAACUAGCAUGAAAUCAACGUGUGACUGGACCACUAAGAUGAAUGGAAAGCCUGAGAGGACCACACCUGGCCCAGUGAAUGGAAAACAUGAGAGGACCACACCUGGCCCAGAGAAUAAAAAGCACGAGAAGACCAUUGCUGGCCCAAAAAGGGACCUGACAAUCUCUGCCAUCAUAUGCAUCGUCGCUCUUUGCUGCAUAGUGGUUGUCACCAUAGCUUAUAUCAUGUUCUGCUGCAGAACAUUCCGACAAGAACAUGUCUAUGAAGUGAGAAGGGUGUGUGCCAAGGAAACCAACAACUCUGAAGAAACAACCUUCGAGAAUGGGUUCUUCAGUGUUGCACCAGAUUCCCAUGCUCUGAUCAAUGACUAUUCUGAUGAGCCCUGCCUGGGACCGGAGUACCAAAUCACCACGCAGUUCAACAAUGACUCUUCCUGCCUUUUUCACACAGUUCCCAGAAACUCUGAAGUUCUUGCUACUGAAGACAAUAGCAUCAGCUAAAAUGCCCCACUAAGGAAGGUUUACUAACAUAAUUGCUUAUGACUUAUUUCAUUCUUGCCUUCAGCAUAGCUUUCUUCCUUGCUUCCUUUCUUCCUAGAUAACCUAAAGUAUCAACUCUGCGAGUGUUGGAGCCACUGGAAAAUCCUGGUUUGGCUAAGAAUUUACUUAUGCACCUCAAGAAAGCUAGCUUCUGCAUUUACCCUGAACCUUUCUAUGUUCCAGCCUGGGGCCUCCAAAACUCCUAUGCAAACACCAGAGAAAUUCCCAUAGCACUAGAGGUUCUCCUUAAUGUCUCAAAGCAUCACCAGAAAAGCAGAUGAGGCUCAGUCUUACCAACUCAAACAAUAAUCUAUGUCCAUCAUUGCAUCCCUCUCUCUAGUGCCAGAGGACUUUUAAUUAAUACUGCUAAAUCACAGGCCAAGGUACAGAUCUGUUCCUAAACUUUGAAUCUAGUGCUCCUGUAUUCUUUUGGUAUUAAUAAAUAUUUUGUCGUGACAGCAA